AGCAUCCCUCUUCUUCUCCUCUCUUCACAAUCCUCCACCCCCCCACCCCAACACCUCAAAAAACCAAACCCAAAAAAGGGAACAAUCCCAUAUUUCUUUUCUUGCAAAUUCAUGGAGAGCAGUUGUAACAGUGAAGAGACAACAACAACAGUAGCCACAUUAUCAAGAAAAGAUCAGAAAAUGACUCAAAAAAACUCCAAGAGGCAAAAGAGGAUGAGAAAUAAUGUGAAGAAGGUGUUAAAAGAAAGUAGUAGUAAUUGCAAUACUGAUAAUGCAGGGAAUAAUCAAGAAGAAGAUGAUGACAAGGCUGAGGUGGAGGAGAAAAUCAUGGCAUUACAAAAAAUAGUACCAGGAGGAGAAUCACUUGGUGUUGAUAUGCUCUUCGAAGAAACUGCUGGUUAUAUUUUGGCAUUGCAAUGUCAAAUCAAAACACUCAAAGUUCUUGCUAGCUUUGUUGAAGGCUCUGAGAAGGAAAGGAUGAAGCUUGGAGGUUGAUGUUAAACCUUUUUUUUCUUUUCUUUUUUCUUUCUUCUCAUGCUUGGUAAAAGAGGGACAGUUCGAUCGGUCCACAAGAUAUUUGCCUUCAUGUAAGGUCCAAGAAAAGGUUAACUCCAAAGGGUGGCGUAAAUGGCCUAACCUAAUUCAAGCAUUAGUGACGGUUUUCUUCUCAUGCUUGGUAUUGGUACAUCUUCGUUGUCCAACCAAGUUAGCUUCUUUUUUUAUUUUUGUUUAUUGUAUUGCCUAGAGACCUAGCUAAGGACAAGGGUUGGUGAAAAUUAAACUCGCACCUUUACUCAA